AUGCCGCGACGCGCCGCAGCUGCUCUGUCCCGCGCGCGCGGCUUCGCGCGGUACCGAAGGAAUAUUCGUCGACUGCUGCUACUGGUGGUGCUAACGGUGCGCCGCAGGGAUCUACUGGCCUCUGGCUCGAUCCACACGGUGCACGACAAGGUCACGGGCUGCAAGAUCACCGAGCAAAUGUUUGCCGAUGGCCACGGACCGUGGGGCCUCAGCGGCCGAUCGAGCGUGCAGAUCAACGCAGUGCUGCGGCCUCUAGAGGAACACGAAGUGCAGAAUGCGAUCACGAUCCGCCGGCUCGAGGACUACUUUGACUUUGGCGUUGUCGUGGUCGCGUACUCGGCCAAAGCAGCGGCCGCGGUGGGCUUUGCCGACCGCACGGUCUGCAGCUGGAACUUUUCCACCAGUAGCAACGUGGAUGGACGAGUGGAAGGCGGGUUUUAUCCGAUGGAGAGCGACGAGACGCUGCAGGUGAACCGGACGUUCUACCCGAGCGACAGUGGUCUACAGACGGCGCUGGUGGUGCCUUGUUGGAAGCAAAAGAGCGUGGCGUUUGGGUAUCCCGUCAGUGCUGAUGAAUACGUCGCGUAUCCGAUGGCCGACCCGCUGCUGCAGGUGGAUGCAGCAAUCACGUUUGAGAAUCCGUACGGGUAUCUACCUGGAUUACUCUAUGGACUGCUUCCGUUCAAUGGUCUCUUGUCGCUCAUGUAUGGGGCACUGGGCGUGUACUUUUUGGUGCUGAUCAAUCGACACCGCCAAAGUGUGGUCCAGACGCACUAUUUCCUGCUGGUCGUACUGCUCUUGGCAACUGGCGAGUCAGUGGCAUGGUUUGUGACGUACAAUCUGCUGAAUCGUUCAGGUGUGCCCGUGUGCUGCCCGUACCCGGACUCGGUCUUGUUGUCCACGUUUGUCAAAGUGCUGGCAGGCAUGGUGACGCGGAUUGCUACUACACUCGUUAGUCUUGGCUACGGGAUCGUCCGGAUGCAGAUAUCGUGGCCUGAGGUCUUUGUUGUUUCUGGGCUAGGCGUCUGCUACUUCAUUGCCGUCGGGGCAUUGGAGGUGAGCCAUCUUGCUAAUCAGUCGGACGGGGACGUCCGCCCUCCUGCGGUCUGGGAAGCACUUGUGAUCAUGACCAACGUCUGCUUUGGCGGAUGGAUUUUCCUGUCUCUUGAGCUCACGCGCAAGAAUCUCGCAGCCUUUGGACAAACAGCAAAACUGCAGAUGUACGAAUCACUGCAUCGGGUCUUGAUCGCAUACGUGGUCACUUCUUUCGCGAUCAUGGCAAUUGAAGGAGCAAUUUAUUCGGGUGCGAUAUGGUUGCCGUGGCAAUACAUAUGGGUCGUAUGGGCAGCCACUCGCCUGCUUUUCUUCGUCAUAUUGUUAAUUGGGGUGUACAUGUGGCGACCAACGGAGCACGGGUUGCUUUACGCCCAAAUGGACCAGCUGCCCAGCCGUGAGCCAGUUACACCAUCUUCGAUUGCGCGCGGUAUCGAACUGAACCAGCGUGUGGUCUCAGCAGCAGACGAUGAAAACACCGAGUCGGUCAAGUCGAUGCCGUCAGCUUUACCUUCCAAACGUACUGGUACCUGA